AAAGAAAUCCGAAGAUGAGCGCGCACACACAAACUGCAGAGAAAGGACAGAACACGACGCACCUGUGCCAGGAGAGCUAUGUUUGCAGUGGGACAGAUGAAGCAAUCUUUGAGUGUGACGAGUGCAGGAGCCUACAGUGCCAGCGUUGCGAAGAAGAGCUGCAUCAGCCGGAAAGAUUACGGAACCACGAACGGACCCGUAUAAGACCCGGCCAUGUCCCAUACUGUGACUCCUGCAAAGGUGCCAAUGGGAACAUAAUGCACGCCAGCAUGACAGGCUCGAGGCAGAUAGCAGCGGUGAGGUGCCAGGUGUGCAAAAUCAACCUCUGCCUGGAGUGUCAGAAGAGAACGCAUGCUGGGGGGAACAGGAGGAAGCACCCCGUCACCGUGUACCAUGCUGGCAAAGCCCCAGAGCAGGAGGAGGAGAAAGGGAUGGAUGAGGAGACCAAGAGAAGGAAGAUGACAGAGAAAGUUGUGAGUUUCCUCCUGGUGGAUGAAACUGAGGAGAUUCAGGUAAGGAAUGAAGAAGACUUUAUUAAGAAACUGGACUGCAGUCCUGACCAGCAUCUAAAGGUAGUGUCCAUCUUUGGGAACACGGGGGAUGGCAAGUCUCACACCCUUAACCACACUUUCUUCUAUGGCCGGGAAGUCUUCAAGACGUCUCCAGCCCAAGAGUCUUGCACAGUUGGAGUCUGGGCAGCCUAUGACCCUGUCCGCAAAGUGGUGGUAAUUGAUACAGAGGGUCUCCUGGGGGCCACUGUGAACCUGAGCCAGAGAACACGGCUGCUGCUGAAGGUCCUGGCCAUCUCUGACCUUGUCAUCUACCGUACCCGUGCUGACAGGCUCCACAAUGAUCUCUUCAAAUUCCUUGGUGAUGCCUCGGAGGCUUAUUUAAAACAUUUCACCAAGGAGCUAAAAGCUACCACAGCCCGCUGUGGCCUAGAUGUUCCUCUGUCAACUUUGGGUCCAGGUGUCAUCAUCUUUCACGAGACUGUGUACACCAAGCUACUGGGCUCUGAUCAUCCCUCUGAGGUUCCCGAGAAGCUCAUUCAGGAUCGGUUUCGAAAGCUAAGCUGUUUUCCCGAGGCUUUCAGCUCAAUCCACUACAAGGGAACAAGGACAUACAAUCCCCCGACAGAUUUCUCUGGACUUAGGCGAGCUGUGGAGCAGCAGCUGGAGAACAAUACCACUCGGUCACCUAGACAGCCUGGGGUUAUCUACAAAGCACUAAAAGCUCUAAGUGACCGGUUCAGUGGGGAGAUCCCUGAUGACCAGAUGGCUCACAGCUCUUUCUUUCCAGAUGAAUAUUUCACGUGCUCCUCUGUGUGCCUCAGCUGUGGGUGUGGCUGUAAGAAGAGCAUGAACCAUGCAAAGGAAGGAGUCCCUCAUGAAUCCAAAAGUCGAUGCAGAUAUUCUCACCAGUAUGAUAACAGAGUCUACACUUGCAAGGCCUGUUACGAACGAGGGAUGGAGGUCAGUGUGGUGCCAAAAACUUCUGCUUCCACUGACUCCCCUUGGCUAGGCCUUGCCAAGUAUGCUUGGUCAGGGUAUGUGAUCGAGUGCCCCAACUGCGGGGUGGUGUACCGCAGCCGGCAGUACUGGUUUGGCAACCAGGAUCCUGUGAACACUGUCGUGAGGACAGAAAUCGAGCACGUCUGGCCAGGGACGGAUGGCUUUCUGAAAGACAACAACAAUGCAGCCCAGCGUUUGUUGGAUGGGAUGAAUUUCAUGGCACAAUCAGUAUCUGAACUUAGCCUGGGACCCACAAAAGCUGUGACCUCGUGGCUGACAGACCAGAUUGCCCCAGCUUACUGGAGACCCAACUCUCAGAUCCUGAGUUGUAAUAAGUGCAACACGCCUUUUAAAGAUAACGACACUAAGCAUCACUGCCGGGCCUGUGGAGAGGGCUUCUGUGAUGGCUGUUCUUCCAAGACCCGUCCAGUGCCUGAGCGAGGCUGGGGACCAGCACCUGUGCGUGUGUGUGACAACUGCUACGAAAACAGGGGCAUCCAGUUAGAUGUGGCUGAGCUGCCUUCAGAUGAGGAAGGGGGGACGCUUAUUGCCAGGAAGGUGGGGGAAGCUGUGCAGAACACUCUUGGAGCAGUGGUGACAGCCAUGGACAUUCCCUUAGGUCUGGUGAAAGAUGCUGCCCGACCUGCAUACUGGGUACCAGACCACGAAAUCCUACACUGCCACAACUGCCGGAAAGAAUUCAGUAUUAAACUCUCCAAACACCACUGUCGGGCCUGUGGCCAGGGAUUCUGUGAUGAAUGCUCACACGACCGCAGAGUUUUCUUCAAGUUUCUCUGCCAGCUUGUUGCAGCAAAAAGUUUUGUCCAGAGCAGAACAAGAGAACGUGUUACGUAA